CCAGGAGGAAGUGUGCCCAGGAGCCCCCACCUGGUCCCACACCCAUGCGAGGGAGGGGCGGAGGCAGGAUUGGCCGGCACCCUGAGGCACCUUGAAUAAAAGGCUGGGCCAGGCGGGCAAGCCGGAUCCUUCCAGAGGGUCUGCAGGUGAGUGAGCUCAGGGACGGGGCCUGGAGAGAGCCCUCACAGCACAUCUACACCCCUGGAAAGCAUGGCCGCCGGCGCCCUGCCCUGCCUCACCACCCUCCUGCUCUGUCUCUGGGCGCCACAGGCCUGGUCCUUGGUACAGAGGCACCUGUCGGCCCCUGUUCUGGAGCUACAGCCCCAAGGGAGGGACUGCUCUCACAUCUGGGAGACUAACUCCAGCGCUCCCAGCGGUGUGUAUGUCAUCCAGCCUGAAGGAGCCAGCACACCUUUCCAGGUUCUCUGUGACAUGCGAGAGGGCGGCUGGACGGUGAUUCAGCAGCGUCAGGUGGACGCAGAGCAGCCCCUGGACUUCGAGAGAUGCUGGCAGGAGUACAAGCAGGGCUUUGGAGCCCUGGAAGGUGAACACUGGUUGGGGCUGGACCACGUGGUGGCUUUGACGACUCAGCCGGGUCGCCGAGCAGAGCUGGUGGUGGACUUGGAGAACAGGGACAAGCUCGCACUGCAAGCCCACUAUGACCACUUCCACCUGGGCUCGGAGGCCGAUCUCUACCGGCUGCACCUGGGCCAGUACUUAGGGAAUGCGGGGGACGCCUUCCACGGCUCUGGACAGGUGGACAGCCAGGAGGGCAGUCCCUUCAGCACGCUGGACCGCGACCUUGAUGCCUGCGCCCUCUGCGUGGAAGACACCCACACCUUUAGCAGCUGCAGCCUGGACCGAAUGGGCGCUGGCUGGUGGUAUAGCAACUGCGGCCAGGCCGACCUCAACGGGCCCAAGCCGCAGCACCCCUACGACCCCCCAAGCCUGCUCUGGGGUCCCAACUCACAUGCUCAGGUUCUGAGCUCUAGUGUGAUGCUUGUACACACCACCUCGGUUCCCUGACCCCUCUCCCGGCCCCUUCCCACCCUCACCUCCCACUCCCCGCCGCCCAUGUGCGCACUGGCUCAUUAAACAGGCUGUGCUGUCUCUGCA